AUGAAUGCAGAUGGCACACCAAAUCAAAUGGGUACCAUUACUCAUUGUACCUGGAAGAUGAUGAAAAUCGGAGGAAGGAAGACGCUUACUCGCUUCCUCUUGACCGGCAUUGGCAAAGAAAACAUACUUCUCGGCAUGCCGUGGCUUAAACGCCUCAAUCCGAUGAUCAACUGGGAAACCGGUGACUUUUGGUUUGGUAAAGACGCCAAAUGGCCACCGAAACCCACCGUCGAAGAUGCAUCAGAUGAAGAAGUUUCGAUUUUCAAGGAAGAUGGACUCCCAGAGUUAAUCACCACCGAAACUUCCCCUACCUCGUUUGGGCAUUCAGAAUCUAUCAGAGAAAUCAUGGCCGAUAACACUGAGUGUGGCGAGUUACCCGCAGUGCAGAAUGAUACCAAACCAGAUGACCCACUAUCAGAACCCCCUAUAGAUCAGCUCGAUGACAACGAUCUAGUUAUAUCCUAUAUCGCAGGAGAGCCAGUUAUUGGGAUAUUUGAACCCAUCAGGAAGGAGUCACCUUUGAUGAAUGAAGAGACUGAAACUGCAGUCUUCACCAUACGAAGAGGCCCCGCCAUUGGAAGAAUGACACACAGUACCCAAUCCCCAUUAUUCUGUAAUGCACAGAAUACGGUCUUUUACAAACCAUCUGGUAAAUCACAAGAAUUGGCACAACAGGCACAUAAUGAAGCAUCAGCUGUAGACAAACCCAAAACCGUCGAGGAGUUGGUCCCCAACUACCUCCACGAUUUGAAGUCCGUUUUUGAAAAGAAAGCAGCUGAAUGCUUUUCAGAAACCAGGCCUUGGGACCACGCCAUUGACUUGAAACCCGAUUUUAUUCCACGUGACUGUAAAGUCUAUCCAUUAUCGCUCAAAGAACAAGGAGCGAUGAAUGACUUCCUGGAAGAAAAUCUGCAAAAAGGAUACAUCCGACCGUCAAAAUCUCCCAUGGCUUCACCAUUUUUCUUCGUAGGAAAGAAAGACGGAGCACUACGUCCCUGUCAGGAUUACCAAUACCUGAAUGAAGGGACGGUGAAGAACACCUAUCCUCUUCCGCUCAUUUCUGACCUUAUGGAUCAAUUCAAAGGCGCAUUGAUCUUUACGAAAAUGGAUUUACGCUCCGGAUAUAACAAUGUCAGAAUCAAAGAUGGUGACCAAUGGAAGGGCGCAUUUAAGACAAAUUGCGGACUUUUCGAACCUAUGGUCAUGUUCUUUGGACUCUGCAACUCCCCGGCGACUUUCCAAAUGAUGAUGAACGCACUCUUCAAGGACAUGAUCGAUGAGGGAUGGAUAGUCAUUUACAUGGAUGAUAUCCUCAUCUUCUCAAACGAUUUGGAAGAACAUCACGUUCGAACCUGA